GUUGUAAAUUUUAUUAACCUCUCACAUUGGCCAUGCCGACGUCAUUGCCAAAGCGGGCUGCAAAGCCCAAGAAAAAGAAGGGCUUAGAAGCUUUGUGGGCCGCUUUUGUUGUCACGGCCCUCGUAUACAUCUGUAGUGCUGUAGCUGUGAACAUUUUUCUCUAUCUUUUUUCUGACAAGAUUUGCCAAGUUCAAGAGAAUGUUUUGAGUGACAAAAAAUUGCUCUUGCUGGUUGUGGAAAACCUAACUAUGACCAGCGGGCUACUGCAGAAGAGUCGGAAUGAAGCCAAGAAUUGGUUCAAUGCUUUAAACAGUGCCAACAAUCAACGCAGUAAUGAUGUGAAUAGUCUCAUGACCAAGCUCAAUUUGUUGAACGCCACCUCCAGACAAAACUUUGAAAAGAUCAUCAGCACUCCACUAGAUUGCCUGAAGGCCAAAUCAGUUGCAUUAACAAGAUUGUCGAAUGGAAAAAAAUACUUAUUUCCUACUCUAGACACUAGAAGGAAUUGGCAUUCUGCAAAAAGUUAUUGCUCUCAGGAGGGGUUGCACCUGGCUAACUUAAAAACGCAGGCUGAUAUUGACGUUGUUUGGAAUGAAACUAAAAGAUUAGGCCAGGGUGAUUCAUGGGUCUCCGCAAGAGACUUUGGGAGCACAGGCCAACCUGAGUUUUAUUGGCAAGAUGGUACAUUUUUGGCAUCGGAUAGCGCUUUGUGGUGGGAUGCCUCUGCUAAGAAAAGUGGAUGCGCAGAAAUUCAACCGAGUAGGGACAAUAAAUUGAGAAGAUAUGGAUGUUCCAAUAGCCAAAGAUUCAUUUGUGAACUUCCUGCAGAAUGUUAGUGAAACUCUUCAGCUAAAUUAAAUUAAUCCUUCAAUACUUUUAAUUAGAGGUAAAAUAAAAUAAAACGCAAUAAAAUAUUUCACAAUACCAAUCGUGGAUCGUAACUUUUCUGCGCUUGGCUUCUUCAGAGUGGCAAAGUUUCCAAUUUGCUUGUUUAUUUUUUAUAAUCUAAGAGUUAACUCUCUAAGAUGAUUUUACGUUUAAAUUAUUUAAUAUACAUAUUAAAUAAUACAUGUAUAUUUAAAUUAUUUCAUUUUAUUGUUUUAUUGUAUUUUAUCCUUAUUAAUUUUUGAUAACUAUGUAUUCUUUCAUGAAAUAUUAUACUUUUUUGUGCUCUACGAGGCGCAGAAUGACAAGAAUUAAUUAAACUGUCAAAAA